GUCCAGCAUUGCUGACCGAUGAGGGGAGCCCCAGUGUGGCCGUGCUUGCAAAGCAAAAGGCAUCGCUGGAGCUUGCCCAGGCUAACACACCCACCGCUCCCUCUGACCUCAGGGCCACGCUGUGACCAUGUCUGAGCUGGAGAAGGCCAUGAUCGCCAUCAUUGAUGCCUUCCACCAGUACUCAGGGAAGGAGGGAGACAAGCACAAGCUGAAGAAAUCAGAACUGAAGGAGCUCAUUAACAACGAGUUGACCCAUUUCCUUGGUGAGAUCAAAGACCAGGAGACUGUGGACAAAGUCAUGGAGGCGCUGGACAGCGAUGGGGAUGCAGAGUGCGACUUCCAGGAGUUUGUAGCCUUCAUUGCCAUGGUCACCGCUGCUUGCCAUGAGUUCUUUGAGCACGAGUGAGCUGGUGGGAAGCAGGCAAGCACGUCCUGCUCAUGCUGGAGAGAUGCAGAGUAGCAUCGCUCCUCUGGGAAAAAGACUGGGUGCUAUUAGGGGCUCCUUGGAGUUAAGCUUGUGCUAGACUUAAGCAGCUUAUUAAGUUCUGUGGCUUUGUGAACAAGAAACACCCGCACGGCUCAGGAAAGCCUAUUGGCCAGUGCCCACCUGGCUGGAUGCAGUGUGCGAAUGCCUUGUCUCAAGCUCCUUCCCUGCUGCUGUAUGCAAGGGAUGUGCACGGGGCUGGAGGCAGGCAGAUGCCAUGAUCCAAGCUUGCUUGCAAAGGGAAAAGGGAAAUUCAAGGG